CCUUGAAAUGCAUGAAGCUAGUACGACGGGCUGCACGGGUUUUGUUACAGCUUUCGGUCUGGAUCUGCGAUAAGGUGAGCGAACCUUACCCAGCCAACGUAGCUCAUUUCGAAAUAGCUUCCAUGACUUCCACGAUGGUAAAUUCCGGUUCGAAGAUAACGGCAAGGCUAGACCUUUGGCACGGGAAUAGUAUGGGAAUAAUGAUUUAUGGUAACAACCGUAGAUUAUCAACGGAAGGCAUUGUCAAAGCGACUGGUUUUCUAACCUAGUCUUAGUACCGGGUCGAAUCUAAACCGCUUUUCCGUAAACCAGGUCGACUACCUAAUAUCAAUGCCCUUCCCGUACACGUAACUCUUCAGCAUCAAGAUUUAUGUGGGGGAAGUGUGUUAUCAUC